UUUCAGAGUUCCUCUGGUUAUGACAAGCAGGAUUCCUACAGCUCUCGUCGAAGAAGUUCCUCUCCAGAGGACAGGUAUCAAGACAGAGAUCGGUCACUCUCUCCAUAUGAUAAAGGUUACUCUGAUCGAGACCGGUAUGAUGAUGAUCGGCCAAGAAAUGGGCGAUAUGACCGGUCAGAGAAUACAAGGGAGUGGGAGAGAGACCGCUCAAGAAGAGGCCCAGAAGCAGACUUUGAACGAAAACGAAACAACAAAUCCCCUCCACCGUCUGGGAAUAGUGAGCAGAGAUCAGAAGAUCAAGGUUCAGCAGAGCCCCCAGUAAAGAAAAAGAAAGAGGAACUGGACCCCAUCCUUACUCGGACUGGAGGAGCUUAUAUUCCACCUGCCAAGCUGCGUAUGAUGCAAGAGCAAAUAACUGAUAAGAGCAGCUUAGCUUAUCAGAGAAUGAGCUGGGAAGCAUUAAAGAAGUCAAUUAAUGGUCUCAUUAACAAAGUCAACGUGUCUAACAUUGGGAAUAUUAUUCAGGAGCUCCUUCAAGAAAACAUAAUUCGUGGGCGAGGCCUGCUGGCUAGGUCAGUUCUUCAAGCUCAGAGUGCAUCACCCAUCUUCACCCAUGUGUAUGCUGCUGUAGUGGCAAUCAUCAACUCCAAGUUCCCUAUGAUAGGAGAAUUGAUUCUAAAGAGACUUAUCCUAAAUUUCCGUAAAGGAUACAGAAGGAAUGAUAAGCAACUUUGUUUGACAGCUUCAAAAUUUGUUGCCCAUCUAAUCAAUCAGAAUGUGGCCCACGAGGUACUGUCACUGGAAAUGCUGACUUUGCUGCUGGAGCGACCUACAGAUGACAGUGUUGAAGUUUCUAUUGGUUUUAUAAAGGAGAGCGGCCUUAAGCUAACUCAAGUAUCACCCAGAGGUAUAAAUGCUAUAUUUGAGCGUAUGCGGAACAUCCUACAUGAGUCAGAAAUAGACAAGCGUGUGCAGUACAUGAUUGAGGUCUUAUUUGCUGUCAGAAAAGAUGGCUUCAAAGAUCACCCAGUUAUCCCUGAUGGCUUGGACCUGGUGGAAGAAGAAGAUCAGUUUACGCAUAUGCUUCCUUUAGAAGAUGAUUACAACCCAGAAGAUAUACUUAAUGUCUUCAAAAUGGAUCCAGAUUAUCUUGAAAAUGAAGAAAAGUACAAAGUUAUUAAAAAAGAAAUCCUUGACGAAGGGGACACUGAUUCUGAAGGAGGAGACAGCGAAAAUGACAGCGAUGAUGAUGACGAAGAAGAGGAAGAUGGAGCUGAAGAUGGAGGGGAAGGGGAAAAAAUAACCAUUCAUGAUAAAACUGAAAUUAACUUGGUAUCGUUUCGCCGAACAAUAUAUCUUGCAAUUCAGUCAAGUUUAGACUUUGAAGAAUGUGCUCAUAAGUUAAUAAAGAUGGACUUUCCAGAAAGUCAAACAAAAGAACUUUGCAAUAUGAUACUGGAUUGCUGUGCUCAGCAGAGAACGUACGAGAAGUUCUUUGGCUUGCUUGCUGGGCGUUUCUGUUUGUUGAAGAAAGAAUACAUGGAGUCUUUUGAAGUCAUUUUCAAAGAGCAGUAUGACACCAUCCACCGGCUGGAAACAAACAAAUUAAGAAAUGUUGCCAAGAUGUUUGCCCACCUUUUGUAUACUGACUCUAUUCCAUGGAGUGUCCUUGAAUGCAUAAAUCUUAGUGAAGAAACAACAACAUCUUCUAGUCGUAUAUUUGUGAAAAUAUUUUUCCAGGAGCUGUGUGAAUAUAUGGGACUCCCCAAACUAAAUGCCAGACUUAAGGAUAUGACUCUUCAACCAUUCUUCAGCGGAUUGCUGCCCAUGGACAACCCAAAAAACACUCGCUUUGCUAUUAACUUUUUCACUUCCAUUGGUCUUGGAGGAUUGACGGAUGAACUGCGUGAACAUUUGAAAAAUGCACCAAAAAUGAUAAUGACCAAAAAGCAGAACGUUGAAUCAUCUGAUUCUUCAUCGUCCUCAGAAUCGCCUUCAGACUCAUCAUCUGAAUCCAGCAGUGACUCCAGCUCAUCCAGUGACAGUGAUUCCUCGAGCUCUGACAGCAACCCAGGUACUUAUUAA